CGCGCGCGCGUAUACACAUACACACACACACACACACGGACCCACACAACGCGACGCAACAGAGUAGAGCGCGAGACACUAAACGUUUCAGUCUUCUUAACAGACCGAAAAUCUUUUCCGCUUGUCAUCGAAUGUGAUCUGUGAAACUUCCUCGAACAUUUCCGCGUCCUGGUGGAGGAGAGUCGCAGCGCUUUCUUCACUAACCUGCCCCGGGUUUUGUUUUCGGCUCGCGUUACGCUUUGCGCUGUCGGGGAUAAAAAGCAGGAGCGAACAGUCGCGCGUCUGCUGAAGAGUGUCUGCGCUCAUGAGGAGCUUCAGGGUCUCACUGUGACCCUCCAAGUACAAAUGUUUCCUCCGUAACCCCUUUUUAUUCCGGACAUUACAAAUACACACUGCAACGAUGUACCGCUGUGAAUCUGGGGAGAUUUCCAUGGCUUCUUGUGACGCCUUUAAACUUUCCAAAAAAUAGGUGUAAAGUGAAGCGAGCUGAAUCUCCGAGCGUUCCGUGUCUCCUGUUACUUUGACUGCUUCACUGGAAUAGGCUUGUCACUAGGCUGGAUUACACAAGCAGACGUGUUAUUGAGAAGGAACAGUUUUCACGUCCGUAAAUCGCCACAUCCCGUUUGAAGCUGGCGCAUGAAAGCCACGCUGUGCCGUGCGUCCUGCUCAAAUUGGCCACUCGCGUCGUGUGCACCGUGUGCGAUGUAGCGCGUCUGCUCACUUUCCUCCUUCUCAUUCCCAACAAAUCUUGGGGCGUCACCGAACAGGAGGGCCUGAAAAUGAUACUCUUUCGAAAAUUCCGGGUCUUGAUCCUGACCGUGUUUCUGAUCGCGUGUUCCUUGCAUAUCAUGAUAGACUUGUUGCCGCGGCUGGAGAGUAAAGGCACCGGCGGCUGCUCCUGCUCUCACACGCCCAGUGAGGACCCGCGGAACUGGGCCCGGCCUCUGGGCCGAGCCGCCGCCCCGGAACCUCUACCGCUUCACAAACACACUCUGCGAAUACUGCAGGACUUCAGCAGCGAACCUGGAUCCAACGUGUCCUCACACUCGCUGGAGAAGCUCAGCCCGGGCGGGGAGAAGACGGACACGCGGAGGACAGGUGAACACCGCGCACAGGCGGGACAGGACCGGGAGCAGGAGACGCAUGUAGCAGGAGUGAGCACACGCUCCAGACUCGCAGCUCUGUUCGAGCAUCCGCUCUAUAAGAGACCGUUACCUGUCCUCACUGACCAGGACACACUGUUCAACGUCAACACCGACAUCAGGUUUGACCCCAAAGGAGCAGACAACCAAGAAUGGCAUGGACAGGAGAAGGAUGGUGAGUUCAGCCCUACAGGUGAGCUUACAGCAGACUCCUAUCCUAACUGGCUGCGCUUCCACAUCGGCAUCAACCGCUAUGAGCUCUACUCCCGCCACAACCCUGUCAUCGAUGCAAUGCUGAACGACCUGAUUACACAGAGAAUCACCAGUGUUGCCAUGAAAUCUGGAGGUACGCAGCUGAAGCUCAUCAUGACAUUCCAGAACUAUGGCCAAGCGCUCUUCAAACCUAUGAAGCAGACACGGGAGCAGGAGACGCCUCCGGACUUCUUCUACUUCUCUGAUUUUGAAAGACACAACGCAGAGAUUGCAGCUUAUCAUCUGGACAGAAUCUUGGAUUUCCGCCGUGUUCCUCCAGUGGCUGGUAGGCUGGUGAAUAUGACGAAAGAAAUUCGAGAUGUAACUAGAGACAAAAAGCUGUGGAAAACCUUCUUCAUCUCUCCAGCCAAUAAUAUCUGCUUCUAUGGUGAGUGCUCAUACUACUGUUCCACUGAGCAUGCUCUGUGUGGGAAGCCAGAUCAGAUUGAGGGAUCUCUGGCAGCGUUCCUCCCAGACCUGGCCCUGGCCAAGCGCAAAACCUGGAGGAACCCCUGGAGACGCUCCUACCAUAAGCGCAAGAAAGCUGAGUGGGAGGUGGAUCCUGACUACUGCGAGGAGGUGAAACAAACUCCCCCGUAUGACAGCGGCACUCGUCUGCUGGACAUCAUGGACAUGACCAUCUUUGACUUCCUUAUGGGGAACAUGGACCGGCAUCACUAUGAGACUUUUGAGAAGUUUGGAAAUGAGACCUUUAUUAUUCACCUUGAUAACGGAAGAGGAUUUGGCAAACAUUCCCAUGAUGAAGUCUCGAUUCUGGCACCUUUGAGUCAGUGCUGCAGAGUAAAGAAGUCGACUCACUUGCGGCUGCAGCUGCUGGCUAAAGAGGAAUACAAGCUGGGCGUUCUCAUGGAGGAGUCACUGCAGAGAGACUCACUGACCCCUAUCCUCAUCCUUCCCCACCUGGAGGCCAUGGACCGCCGUCUGCGCCUCGUGCUGCAGGUGUUAGCUGACUGCAUCGAGAAAGAAGGCUAUAGCAGUGUGGUGGAGGACGAUAUGACAUCAGAAAGAAUGGACAAAGCCUCAGCUCCUCUGAGGUAGUAGGUCUGGACUAAUUGGUCUUCUGGCUUUCCAACUCUUCUCAGCAGACAAGGAACUUCUCACGAGGGAAGCUCUCGAAGAUGACUUUUCUGAAUUCAGUGAAUUCCAAAGACUCCGUCCGCAAUCGGUGGACCAUGUCUGUGGUGUUAAAGACAUACAUGUGGACAACAUGUGCAUCGCUGCCUGAGUAUGUGGACAUUUGUGUCUUAAUGCAGUAUAACAGAGGCUUUUAUUCUUGCUCUUUAUGGCAAAGAAGAACUGUGCAUUUAAGAGAGGUUUCUUUUUUUAAGUCAAAGAGCUUUGAGUGGAGUGCAGGUUAGCUCCAAUAGGUGUAGAUGCCAAUAAUUAUUUAUUAAGUUUUAUAUUUAUUUUCGAGAAUUGUUUGACCAACUUCUUAUGUCGGUACAGAAAAGACAGAUGGAUUCAGAGAAAACUUUAAUGAAAUUUCAGUGUUUGUGAUAGCAUUUAGUAAGUGAUUGUUUUGUGUAUUAAAGACAUUCCUGAUAUAGGCUGUUGGAUACCAAGAAAAUGCUACUUAUCACUCUCUCAAUAUCAAUAAAUCACAUUAAUGCAAUCUGUAUGAUCACCUGAAAGGGUUUUUUUUAGCAAAUAUAAUUAUAAAUAUAAUUAGAGGGAGACUGUCUAAUAUUGUGAGUACUGAGUGUGUUUGUUUAUAAGACAAGCUGGACUGACAUACAGAACACACAGUAAAUAAAUUACAUCAGAAUUAUUAGAGGUAAAUACUUGAAUAAACCAGCAUUCUUUGUGUUUUUACCUUGAGCUUUAGCUUACAUGUAUAACAGUGGUACACACACUCAUUUGCAUCCGCAUUUAUCAGACUCUCUCCAUAUUAUUCAUUUUGACUGGUUUUGCGAUAUUUCAACAGGCUUUGUAUAAACUGUAGUGUGAUCAUGCUAGGCUGGAUUGCUGCUAUGUCAGAACACAAACGUUUAGGAUUUCGGAGCAAGCAGUGUACUGAGAUAUGCGAGGCUGUGCAGGAAAAACACUCUUUUUCUGGCUUUCCUUCUCUGUCUCACUCUCACUUGCUCAAAAGGCUUUUAUUUUAUUCAGCAAAGCACCAUUUCCUGUUUAUAAUACCAUUUAUUUACAGAUUUUUAUCACAUUUAUUUCCAAUAUAUUUUAAAAUGCUGGUUUCAACAUGAUUUAUAAGCCUUGUAUUUACUUUACCAUUAUUUGCUGUUUUUUUUUUUCUUCAAGGAGGAGUGAACUUGGCUUUUAAUUUACAAAGUCUUUAAACUGCACUAGAGCAUAUUUCAGUAUCUGCUGGGAAAAAAAAGGCCUGUACAUAUUAUGUGAAUUUAUUACCUGUGCAAUCUUAGAAAUACUUGAACAUGUGGGUUCUAUAUAAAUGGGUUAGAUGACUAAAUGCUGGCAUUCAUUGCCAAAUUAAGAUAAUUUGUAACAUUCACUACAUUUUUUUACAGUGUUCCUGUUGAGUUCAGUCAGAAAUAUCACUAACAUAUGAACUUUACAGAUCCAUACAUACGUUUUAAUUGCACCGUUUUUGUGUAAGGAUUCUUUUUCAUCUUAAAGUGCAAUAAACUGACCAUUGCAGCA